UGGCGCUCGGCCAUCCAGAAACAAACCACUUCGAUGACUCCUAAUAGUUAUCGCCAGAUGUACUAAUACACAACAAAUCACGGUCCGGGAGAGGGGGAGAGCAAAUGAGUUCCUAUUUCGUGAAUCCCACUUUCCCGGGGAGCCUGCCCGGGGGCCAGGACUCUUUCCUCGGGCAGAUCCCCCUCUACCCGGCGGGUUAUGAUGCUCUCAGGCAUUUUCCGGCUUCGUACGGGGCAAGCAGCCUGCAGGACAAGACUUACACCUCACCUUGUUUCUACCAACAGUCCAACACCGUCAUUGCUUGCAAUCGGGCUUCCUAUGAGUACGGAGCCUCUUGUUUUUAUUCGGACAAGGAAAUUAGUAGCUCCUCUCCCUCCGGCAGUGGCAAACAGAGGGGGCCCGGGGACUACCUGCACUUUUCUCCCGACCAACAGUACAAAUCCAGCGGCGUCCAAGCCAAAAUUGUAAAUGACGAAGGCACCGACCGGAAGUACACGAGCCCUGUUUACCCCUGGAUGCAGCGGAUGAACUCCUGCGCUG